GCUCCGCACUGGAGAAGAAAGUAGUCAAAAGCAAAGCUGGGGAAGAAGUCAGCCUGCCUUGCUGUCAUGAAAUCCCCAGCUCCGAAAGCCUGCAUAAUUACCGGGUCUACUGGCAGAAGAACACCACGGAGGUAGUGCUUGCCUACGCAGCGGGGACGAUGAUCUCCCAGCACAAGCGGUACGAGAACCGCACGGAGAUGGACAGCAGGAACCUCAGCCUGCGGAUCUCCCCCGUGGAAAUCCUGGACAAUGGCCCUUACCAGUGCGUGGUUCAGUACCUCACAGUUACGCAGAACUUAGUUGUGUGUGAUGAGCUUGUCACCCUCUUCGUUACAGCCGACUUCAGUAAGCCGGACAUAACAGCAGAGGUGUCCGCUAAUUCUUGCGAAUCAACUGAGAUGGUGGUAAGGUGUUCUUCUCACGGAGGCUUCCCCAAACCCACAAUCUCUGGAGCCCUUGACAACAACAUGUCUGUGGACUGGAUCACCAGCUGGGUGUCCGAGUCCAGCCUCAGCCCCUACAACGUCACUGGCAAACUGCGGCUCAACGUGACCAAAGACGUCAACAUCACUUGCUCCAUGGAAUACGACGGCCUUGUCAAGUCCGCCAGCUUGCUUCUGGAAAAAACAGACGACUGCGUUGUCCCUACUGUGCCUCUGUCUUACAAUGUCAUUAUUGCUACAAGCAUCAUCAUUAUCGUCUUCCUCUUGGCUAUCACCCUAGCAGCAAGAUACCUCCCAAGGCAUGUCUGCUCCCACUGUUGCAAGCGGCAGGAUUCCACGGGAGAGGGUGUGAAAGAAUGUACGAAGACAACCGUGAGGUAUAAAGUGACAUCUGAAACAUCGUCUGUAUGA